GAAACCCUGUACCGUGAUCAGCCAUCUUGAGCCAGGAUAACCUGCAAACCUCCUCUGAACAGCUCAACACAACGCUCUAAAGACUUUAUUCCUGAGCCACAAUGGCCACCGCACCGUACAACUACUCCUACAUUUUCAAAUACAUCAUUAUCGGGGACAUGGGGGUAGGGAAGUCAUGUUUGCUUCAUCAGUUCACAGAAAAGAAAUUCAUGGCAGACUGCCCCCAUACAAUUGGCGUGGAGUUUGGUACAAGGAUAAUCGAGGUGAGCGGCCAGAAGAUCAAGCUGCAGAUUUGGGACACAGCGGGACAAGAGCGCUUCAGGGCUGUCACCCGCUCCUACUACCGCGGAGCUGCAGGGGCGCUGAUGGUAUACGACAUCACCAGGAGAAGCACAUACAACCAUCUCAGCAGCUGGCUGACUGAUGCCAGAAACCUCACCAAUCCCAAUACUGUGAUCAUUCUCAUAGGAAACAAAGCAGACCUCGAGGCCCAGAGGGACGUUACAUAUGAGGAAGCUAAGCAGUUCGCUGAGGAGAACGGUCUGUUGUUUCUGGAAGCCAGCGCAAAAACAGGUGAAAACGUUGAGGACGCCUUCCUGGAAGCCGCUAAGAAGAUCUACCAGAACAUCCAAGAUGGCAGCCUGGACCUGAACGCUGCCGAGUCCGGGGUCCAGCACAAGCCCUCGGCCCCUCAGGGCGGCCGGCUAACCAGCGAACCACAGCCCCAGAGGGAAGGCUGCGGCUGCUAAUGACCAAGCAACCUCCCCCUUAUUCACUCAGCCUUCCUCUCUUUCUGUCUGUCCUGCCCGCCCUCCCUCAACCAUCCACCCCCCCUACACCUCCAUCCAUUCCUCCACCUCCGUACAUCCAUCCACCCUCGUCCCUCACAGCACCAGGAGCUGCAUGAGAACAGGGCUGCGGAGGGAAGGAAAGGGGGACGGAUAUCGACUUGGGCCAGACUGAGCUGGGCUGUGCGGACUUUAUCUCUCCCCUCCUCCUCCUUCUCCUCCUCUUCCUCGUCUCUGCCUGUCUGUCUCCCUCCGUCGCUGUCUCACUCCUCCUCUUAAAACUCUGUCAGUGUGUUGUCAGUCCAUACCUCUCCUCUUUUGCUCCUCUUGCACCAUUCUUGUGUAGUCCCCCCUCCCGCCUCACCCCCGCCCGUCAUAGUAUUGUAGACGCCACCACGCAUUACACGGGUUACUGACACUUUAGAUAGAUGUAACGUUCAUACGAUAAUGAUAAACUGAGACUGUUGUUUUAUGUUUGGUUUUAUAGCUAUAUAUGACAUGUAAACACUGCGUUAGGUUUCAUUCACCACUGAUCAGUUCUGUAUGAAUCCAGAUCGUAAUCAUACCCCUCCGGAUGCCCGCCCUGCAUGGUUUACCAAUCUGGCGUUUAAUGCGGGUACGAUAUCUCACUCGCGGGUCAUUUUCAUGAGAUGGGACAGUUGAAAGCAAUGACGUAGUGUAUCAUGCAGCCACACAGGUAGAGGCUCCUGUGUCAGAGAAUGUGUAGCUGAGGGAGCUUUCGCAGCAGGUUUUAAACCUGCUUGUGGCUUUUUUAAAAAAAUCCUGUUUCUGUUGCUUAGCACUGAUAUUCUCAGGAGAGUGAGAGUGGGGGUUGGG